AAAACUCACCAAAACUCACCGCCCGACCGUUGCCCCCCCUAUCACCGAAAGGCAUCAGGUCCCCUUACGCGUCUUCGUACGUGUCAGCCACUGCUUACGAUGUGAAUGACUUCCUUUCCACGUUGUUCUACCUACCAAACUCUAUCUAUGAGUCGCUCUUUCCUGCGAUAUCCUUCAAUACCCCGUCACUCGUUGACUUCCUGCCGUUUCUUCUUCCUCUCAUUUUCUUCCUAGUGACGAUUUAGGGUCUUUUGUUACUUCCCUCUUUCGCAUUUACAACCACGCAACGACUACAUGACUACAUACAACGAUACACGACGAUAAAAUGCCAGAACACGAUGCUCUUAUUCUAUCAUUCUCACAUUUAUCGGAUUUUCCGCGCGCUCCCGAUGCUCUCCAAACGCUGAAGAAGGUGGCCUCCUUGGUCAAGCCCAUCAUGCGAGUUAGAGGGUGGAAGGUGCGAGAGCUAGCUGAGUUCUACCCAGACCAAGCAAACCUCCUCGGUUUGAAUAUCAACAGAGGCCAAAGAAUCCUCGUCCGUUUACGUUAUCCCAAUGACCGAUCACUCUUCCUACCUACAGAGCACGUAGUCGAUACGAUGCUUCACGAACUUUCACACAUUGUAUUUGGACCACACGACGGCAACUUCCACGCGCUGUGGAACCAACUUCGAGACGAACACGAGUCGCUCAUUCGAAAGGGAUAUACGGGCGAAGGGUUUUUAUCAGAUGGACAUCGCCUGGGAGGCGGCCGGAUACCUAUGCAUGAAGCUCGACGACUUGCUAGAGCAUCAGCUGAAAAGCGUCGUACCUUGACAAAGGGGUCAGGCCAGCGUCUUGGUGGCUCUGGACCAAGCAUCGGUUCAGAUAUCCGGCGAACCAUCGUGGGCGCAAUAGAGCGCAGAAACACCACGCUGCAGGGAUGUGGUAAUACAAAUCACAACGAUAGAGAGAUUCAACAAAUCUCCGAGACAGCUACGAAGAACGGCUUCCGUACGCAGGCUGAAGAAGACGCGGCUAAUGAAGCUGCAAUUGCGCAAGCUCUCUGGGAACUGGUACAAGAGGAAGAGCGCCAACGGUACGGUGGUUACUUUAUUCCACCAACAGCGCAAAACCCUACUGGCAACGGUGGAGGAUCCGUCAUGGGAGAUAACCAGAACAGGAGCAGUAGCGUUCCUCCGCCGAUCCCAGGACCAGGAACGAGACCUCCAUCGGUACCAAGGCCAGAGACUCGGCCAUCAGUUAUGUCUGCACCGGUGCCCCAACCAGCUCCGCAACGGGGCUGGACAUGCGGAGUCUGUACCCUCCAUAAUCCUUCAAGCUUUUUGUGCUGCGAUGCGUGCGGCACAGAACGAGGUCAGGAUCCUCAGCGUCAAGUGUGGACACCAAAUGCCGAAAAGCGCGAACGUGAACGCCAACGGGCAUCAAUGGCCGCAACGGCGAAGAGCACGACACAGACUGCCACUAUCGAUCUCACAAGUAGCCCGCCCAGAGCCAGUAGCAGUAGAAAGCCUGGUAGCAGCAGUCUACACCCCGAGCCAGUGAAACCCCUAACCUGGCAAUGUUCGUAUUGUGGGACGAUGAUGGAAAGGCAGUGGUGGACGUGUUUGACGUGUGGGGUGAUGAAAGACAAUUCAACCUGACUGAGCGGGGAAGAGGCGAAUUACAUGGAUGAACUCCGGCGGCAAAGGAACGAGGAGGGCACAUGAGCACGUGAAGGGGUCCUUUCUCUGGAUCCUCAGGGUCCAAAUGACGAAAUGGCCGAUGAUACCCUUGCAAACGAAGGGAUUUUGCAGUGCUUGUACUGCAUCAUGUCGUAUGUUACUGUAAGCGACAGAUGUAAGGCUGUGUCACGAAAUUGAGACGGAAUGACAUAAUAUCUCGCGACAUCGAAAAUCGAGACGCAACCCACAACCUAUUGUGACCCAGUGCUAGGUACGCUGACAUGCUGACAACUUACAAGCAAAGUAAACGGGGAGAAAUCGAGUCAUUGUGUGGAUUAUACACGGGUGGCAUGCGCCCAGCACAUGUCAAGACAAAGAUGCGCCAUGAUAUGGAAUCUUCCAGUGGCACGAACGAGCUACCCUCGAGCUACACUCGAGCUACACCCGAGCUACACUGCUUUUGUCUACGAG